UCUUUCACCCUUACCAACACACACAUUCAUGCUGCAUCAUCGCUAUCUGAUCGCAUGCGUGCUGCCGUUCUUAUUUCCAGUCUCUAUUCUGGCAGACAAGAGCACGCAGCAACACCUUACGGAAGGAAACCAGUUUCUCGUUACCGGACAGCUUAAUGACGCUUUGAUAAGCUUUGACGCUGCCAUUCAAAAGGAUCCGGAUAACUACUUGUCUUACUACAAGCGAGCCACGGCAUAUCUAUCCUUGGGACGCAACAAUGCAGCUGCAGACGAUUUUUCGAAAAUUCUUGAUCUGAAGCCUGAUUUUGAUCAGGCACUGAUGCAGCGCGCACGGAUCUAUGCAAAAGAAGGCGAGUUUGCAUUGGCCACGAAGGAUCUGCAGAAAUAUUUAAAGGGUCAUCCCAAGGAUGCUGACGCUAUGGCUUUGCUGCAAGCUGUCAAUGAGGCCGAAUCAACCAUGCAAGCGGCUGAAAAGGCAUGGGAAAAGAACCAGUAUGACGAAUGCAUCCAACAUGCCUCGAAUGUAAUUACAACUGCACCACAGUUGACUCGUUUACGUAUCUUGCGUGCCAAUUGUCACAUUGGCAAAGGAGAAAUUGAGGAGGCAGCUGGUGAUCUGACUCGAGCGGCAUAUUUGAACCCUUCCGAUCCAGACAUUUUAGUCCGUUUGGCCAAGAUUAACUUUUUCUCACUGUACGAAGCACAAGGCGCACUUUCACAACUUAAACAAUGCUUACACUACGAUCCGGAACAAAAACAAUGCAAAAAGCUCUUUCGACAAAUCAAAAAGCUGGACAAGGAGAUCAACAAGGCACAAGACGAUUUCGAAGCAAAGCGAUAUGCAACAGCUAGCAACAAAAUCAUUGGCACACCAUCUUCUGCUGGCGUGGUUUCCGAAAUCGAUGAGCCUUACAAUGCACUAGUACAAGAACUCGACAUCACUUCACCCUUACCCAAACGACUCCACAUCAAAUGCUACGAACUAGCGUGUAAGAUCGCUGCCGAGAACAACAAAGGGAAACAGAACGUUAUUGAAAAGUGGUGCUCUGCUACGUUGGAAUUACAAGACGACAAUCUGGACGCAUUGAUCAAUAUGGGUGAAGUCAAGUUAAAACAAAACGAGUUUGAAGAAGCGGUUCGGAUUUUGGAAAAGGCCAAUGAAGUCAGUGGUGGCCAAAACAAUCGGGUACGACACAUGCUGCAGCGGGCACAACAAAUGUUACGGCAGAGUAAACGGCGCGAUUAUUACAAGAUCUUGGAUGUGGCAAGGGACGCGGAUUCGCGUGAUAUCAAGAAGGCAUAUAGACGUAAAGCACAAGAAUGGCAUCCGGACAAGUAUUCCGGCGAUUUAUCCAAAGAAGAAGUGGAGAAGAAGAUGGCGGAUAUCAACCAGGCUUAUGAAGUGCUCAGCGAUGAUGAAAUGCGCCAGCAAUACGAUAAUGGUUACGACCCGUAUGAUCCUGAAAAUGGUCAAAGUGGUGGUGGUGGUGGUGGUGGCCAUCCAUUCCAUCAACAACGUGGCGGCAAUCCAUUCGCGCACUUCCAAGGCGGGUUCCCUUUUGGAGGUGGCGGCGGUUUCCCUGGUGGUGGCGGUAGUGGUGGUCCGUUCUCAUUCAAAAUGCAAUUUUAGAUAACGCCCUUAUAUACACACUAAGCCGGUCCACAUAUACAGCAUAAUACCCAAGUCUCUCUCCCUCCAUCCCUUGCCUCCUUCCUUCUUUUCUUAUAACACUCUCUUACCAACCUUUGUAAAUUUGCUUAAUGAAAUUAUUUUUUUG